AAUCAAAGUUCUGGGAAACAGCUGUGCUCAGUGGUGUCAGGGCAGCGUGUUCCGUGUUCAGGUCCAUAGCCACGUCCUGUGUAGAACCUGCGUGCUGCGUGCAGGUUCCCCCCUGAUCGGCAGAGAUGCCUGCGUGAUUGCAGGGGGAGCCCCCUCUCCACACCACCACCAACACCGCCUCCCUCUCCCACCCACCACCACCACCAACACAACCCCCUGCUCCCACCACCACCACCAACACAGCCCCUCCCACCCACCACCACUACCAACACUGCCCCUCCCACCCACCACCCAACACCGCCCCUCCCAACCACCACACCCCCACCAACACCGCCUCUCCCACUCCACCAACACCGCUUCCUCCUGCACCACCACACCCACCAACUCCGCCCUUCCCACCCACCACCAACACAGCCUCCUCCCACCACCACCACUACCAACACCGCCCCUCCCACCUACCAACACCAACACAGCCCCUCCCCACUCCACCAACACCUCCCUCCCCUCCGACCACCACAACACCAAAUCCGCCCCUCCCACCACCACCAAUACUGCCCCCUCCCAGCACCACCACCACCAACACUGCCCCUCCUACCCACAACCAACACCCCGCCUCCCAACCACCACCACCAUCAACACCGCCCCCUCCCUCCCUCCCACCACCACCACCAACACAGCCCCUCCCCACCCACCACCAACACCAGCCUCCUCCACCCACCACCACUACCAACACAGCUCCUCCCACCACAAACCAAUACCAAACACAGCUCCCCACAACCACCACCACCACCAACAAAGCCCCUCCCACACACCAACACCGCCACCCUCCCACCCCUCACCAAAACAGCCUCCUUCCCACCCCACCACCAACACCGCCCCUCCCACCCACCACCACUCACUCCAACACUGCUCCUCCCACUCCACCACCAACACCGCCCCUCCUCCCACCCACCACCAACACCGCCCUCCCUCCCACCCACCACCACCACCAACACAACCCCCCUGCUCCCACCACCACCACCAACACAGUCCCCUCCCACCCAUCACCAACACCGCCUCCCUCCCACCCACCACCACUACCAACACUGCCCCUCCCACCCACCACCAACACUGCCCCCUCCCACCACAACCACUACCAAACACAGCUCCCUACCAACCACCACCACCACCAACAAAGCCCCUGCCACCCACCAACACCGCCACCUCCCACCCCACACCAAAACAGCCCCUCCCCACCCCACACCAAACAGCCCCUAUCCCAUCCACCACCAACACCACCCUCCCCACCUACUACCAACAAAGCCCCUCCCACCCACCACCACCACCAUCAACACCGUCCCUCCCAACCACCACCCCCACCAACACAGCUCCUCCCCACCCCUCCACCAACACCGCCCCCACCACCAACCACAGCCCCUCCCACCCACCAACCAACACAGCUCCUCUCCCACCCACCACCAACACCGCCUCUCCCACCACCACCACUACCAACACAGCUCCCGUCCCACCACAACCUACUACUCAAACACAGCUCCCUGCUAAACCACUAGUCACCUACUACCACCAACACCACCACCACCGCCCCCAUCCCACCCACCACCAGCAAAGCUCCCUCCCACCCACCAAACACCGCCACCUCCCACCCCCACCAAACAGCCCCUUCCCACCCACCACCAACACCCACCCCCUCCCACCCACCACCAACAAAGCCCCUCCCACCCACCAACCACCACCAUCAACAACGCCCCUCCCAACCACCACCCUCCACCAACACAGCCCCUCCUACCCACCACCAACACCGUCUCCCUCCCACCAACACAAACACAGCUCCCUCCUCACCACCCAACGCCCCUCUCCCACCCACCACCACCACCAACACAAUCCUCCCUCCCACCCACCAACACCGCCCUUCCCCCCACCAACACCUGCCCCUCCCACCACCACACCCACCAACUCUGCCCCUCCCACCCACCACCAACACAGCUCCCUCCCAACCACCACUAACACAGCUCCCUACCACCACUACCACCACCAACACAGUUCCCUCCCACCACCACCACUAACACCGCCUCCUCCCACCAACAUCCAACAUCAGCUCCUCCCACCACUCACCACCAACACAGCCCCUCACUCCCUUCCCACCACCACCACCAACACAGCCCCCUCCCACCCACCACCAACACCGCCUCCUCCACACCACAACCACUACCAAACACAGCUCCCUACAACCACUAGCACCACUACCACCAACACCACCACCCCAUCCCACCCACCACCAGCAAAGCCCUCCCACCCACCACCACCAACAAAGCCCUUCCCACCCACCAACACCGCCACCUCCCACCCCCCCACCAAAACA